AUUACUAUUAUUAUCAUUACUUUUUAUGUUCAUAUUAGUGUUUUAUGCAAAUACCUAAAACCAUUAUCUAGUUCACCCCACUUCCACAUUUAUUUAUGAAAUCAUUUUUAUAAUAAAUACUGAGACAUCAUAAAAACCUGUAUUUUUAAAAAUAAUAUGUGUUAGUAGCUAUUUACUAGUUCUACUACUCUUAAUUCUAUAACUACAACAAAUAUUGACAUACUGUUCAAACUCUACACAUCUUGCAUGGAAUAAGCUUGACUAAAAAACAAUUAUUUAAUUAUUAUUAUUGUCGUUGUCGUUCUACAUGUCUAACAAUUAUUAGCAAUUUAGUCACUGUGCAUAAGUCAAAUUGUAACAAGUGUAUUUCGAAUGUCAUUGAAUCAUUUUAUGAAACUGACAAACAUUCAUUUCAAUACAAAAAUUAUUAUUUCUACUAUUACGGCUGCUAUUAAUAUCACUAUUUUUAUUUGUUCAAUCCAUAUUUAACACUAACAGAAGCAUUUCAGUGUUCAAUGUAUCAAACAGUAUAAUUGUAUUCGAAUCUCCGGUGAUUAUAUUCAACACAGACCAAAUGUUUUAACGUAUUUAGGCUACUAUUGAGUUACAAUUUUUUUCCUGUACCAAUUUUUAAUACUGAAAGCAGAAUCGAACGAUUAAAAUCUUUAAAAAAAUCACUAAACUGAAACUAAACUCAUGAUGGAUGUAAGUGGUACUGAUCCACGAACAAGAACUGGAUUAUUUCUAUGGCCAUGGGCAAGUUAUCCUGCUGUUGCAGCAAAUGCUGCUGUCGGUGCACAUGCACAACCAAUUAUGAUGGGUGCAAAUGCUGGAGCAAUGAAUGCUAUGCCUGGUUCUAAUAUGUUGAAUGUAUCAUAUACAGGUUCUGGAUCUGCUACUAUACCUGGAAUGAUUGAAGAUCCAUUUGAAAGUUUUUGUCAACGAUUCUCUUAUACUGGUGCACAUGCAGCGCAUAUGUCACAUAUACUUCCACAUCAACAUGUUGGAUUAAGUGAAACACGUCAUUUAUCACAAGAUCAUGAAACAAGUGAUAAUAAUGAUGGUAAUCGUCAUCCAAAUCAUUCACCAUCUAUAAAUCAUACACGUGCACAUAUUACUUCACAUCGUCUGCUUUCUGUCCAACCUCGUGGUAAUAUUAAUCAUUUACAUCAGGACACUAACAACACGAGCGGAUUAAAUGACCAAUUAAACGAUCCCAGUAAUAAUACUAAUAGUAAUCCAACAGCCGGUUCGAACAGUCAUGCUGCAGCGAUCGCUGCUUUUGCAUCGGCUGCAGCUAAUUCCGCUAUAAUGGGUGCAAAUGAUCCAACCUUAGGCAAUUCAAAUGGUUUAUCUUUAUCGCAUGGUAUACAAGUCCCGCGUCAUGUACAGUCUAGUUUACGAAAUUCCAAUACAAAUGAAAUGGUUUUAGAUAACUUAUGCAAUGGUUUUGCAAAACCUAGUCAUUUUUCAACCCAACUACAAUCAAGUGUAACAAAUGCUUUAAAUAGGCAGCAAUCAGCGAUCACCUCGGUAAAUUGUAAUAAAUUACAAACGGAUACAAUAACUCCGUAUAAUUUACACUGUCAUCAUUUGAAAAAUCUAGGUAAUCCAGCAGCUGUUGCUUUAGCCGCUGCCGCUGUAGUUGGUGGAAGUGGUGGUGGCGGCGGUGGUGUUGUCGGCGGCUGUGUUGGUACAAUUGAUCAUUCACAAUUUCAAACAACAUUGAACAACGAAAUUCGCGAUAAUUCAACACCUACAAGUAAUAAGCAUUUGGAUGAACAAAAUUCAACUAGUAAUAGUAAUAAUAAUAGUAGUAAUAACACAAGAAGAUCCAAUUCAAACAACGAUAGUUAUUCAAUUUCUCAUGGACAACAACAACAAUUUAUAUUUUCACCGAAAAGUCCUCUCUCUGAUUCAUUGGAAAAUCCAAAUAAAAGUGAAUCAAAUACAGGUAUUGAUCAUACAACACAUAAAACAACUCGUGGUAAUACAAAUUUAUUGAAUAAAAACAAUAGUCGAUUAUUGUCUGGGCCACAACAAGAUCGGAUUAAUAAUUUAAUUUUUAGAAAUUCUACUUUAAGAGCUACAGAAUGUUCACCGGAAUCCACAAAUACGAUAGCACCAGAUCGACAUUCAUCAGAUAUGGUCAUGGAUGAUGUAUUAGCAGGUCAAAGAGAAGAUAAUAAUACAACUAACAAUAAUGUCACAAGUAAUAAUAACAAUAAUAAUAAUGGUAAUGUACGAGUAGAAUCAAGAUUUCUCGGGAUAAAUCAAGAGGAAAAUCUAUCAAUUAAUGGUAUAUGUAAUGGUGAAGGUUCUUUAUCAUCCAUACUGUCUGUUCCAAAUGGUCAUACUCCAUAUCAUCCACCAGCUAAGGGUUACAAAUGUAAAAUUUGUCAACAUGUAUGUUUUUCACGUCAUGAUUUAUCAGCUCAUAAUGCCGCCACUCAUAAACAAGAUCCUCGACCAUAUAGAUGUGAACAAUGUGGUAGACAAUUUUCAACAUGUGCCUAUCUAUCACAACAUAGACGUAUUCAUACCGGUGUUAAACCGUACGCAUGUCGUUAUUGUGAUCGUCGUUUCACUCAAUUAAGUCAUGUACAACAACAUGAAAGAAUACAUACAGGUGAAAAACCAUAUCGUUGUACAACAUGUAUGAAAAGUUUUACACAAAUGUCUAAUUUACAAUCACAUCAACGUCAACAUAUGAAAGGUAAACCAUAUCGAUGCGAACAAUGCUUCAUGUCAUUCGAUACAAAAGAAGAAUUGGAUGUACACGUACAAGCAAAGCAUUCGGGUAACCGAUAUGCGAAGGUAUUAGUCUGUCCAAUAUGCACGAAAAAUUAUAAUUCUGAAACAUAUUUAGCAAAACAUGUGGAUCGUCAUAAAGAGGCUGCUGCUACGGCUGGUAUUGACGGAAAUGGUUCAAACACCAAUAAUAGUAACAAUAAUAAUAACACUAAUCGUAAUAAUAACAACAAUAAUAAUAAUGUACGAAACCAAACAUGUGUGGAUAAUCUAUUCGCUGCUGGUUUCCAUAACCAUUCAGUUGCAAUGGCUGCCGCUGCUGCGUCAGCACUUAGUCGAGGAAAUAUGAUUGAGUCAGGUUCAAGUUCACAUAUUGCCGGUAGCCGACAUUCACAUGGGAGUGGGGGAGCCGGCGGUGGCGGCGGUAUUCAUUCACAUAAUCCACACCCUUCUGCUGCUGCUGCCGCCGCUUCAGCGGCUGCGGCGGCCGCUGUCGCUGCAGCUCAUGCACAUCAAGAUUUACAUUUACGUGCUGUAGCGGCUGCAGCUGUAGCGAGUGGCAAUGGAGUAGUUGGAGUUGGUGUUGGCAAUCGCAGUGGUGUUAAUGGUGUUAGCCUUGGUAAUGGUGAUAUUGAGAAUCCAUGCGCUUUUUUUAAUCCAAAUGUAAUAUGUUCCAGUGAGACACGAGUGACUAGUUCUAAUGAGUGUGAUUUAUUACAUAAUAAAUUAAAUUAUAGCUCAAUGUCCAGUGCCGGAUUAUUUCAUCAUUUACCGGUAGGAGGUGUCCAUGAUUCAAAUGUUGAACAUUUGACCGCCGCAGCUGUAAUUGAACAACAACAACAACAGUGUCUUGCAUCACAUCGUCAUCAGCAAGGAACACAUUUUACUACAGAUGAUAAUCAACAUAUAAAUUCGUUUAAUCAUUCAAAUAUCAUGAGUAAUAUAUCAUCAAAUCAUCAUUCACAAUCUCAACAACAAUAUAAUCAUCAUCAUAAUCAUCCUCAACAACAGCCACAACACCAACAGCAUAUUCACACGAAUCAUCGUAAUCUUCAUUCAUCGUCAUCAUCAUCAUCAUCUUCUUCUUCGUCAUCGUCAUCUAAACGACAGUCUAAUAUGAAAUCAUCUUUAUCACCACAAUCAAAUCAUCGUUAUACUGAGUCACCAGUAACAAAUGAUUCACAAACUCAACAACAUUUACUUAAUUUAACACAACAUCAUUUGACAACUACAAAACAUCUUUGUUCUUCAUCGAUUGAACCGUCGACAGUUGUGGCAUCAUCGAUGGAUUGCUAUAUUUCAACUAGGACUACUUCAACAACACCACCGAAAAAAAUGACAGCAGUGAUCAAUAGUACUAAUACUACUACUACUACUACUUCUACCACUAGUACUACUACUGCUAAUACUACUCAACAACAUUCACAUAUUCAUGCAACAAUGAAUAGUAGUAAUAGCAGUAGUAUCAGUAACAAUGGUAAUAGUAGUGAUGAUACCAUUCAUAUCAAACAUUCACAUAAUGAAUCAAUGUCGUCACAGCUUCUACCACCUCCGGCUCAUCAACAUUGUUUACAACCGACUCAAACUCAUUUGACUGGAUCUCAUACGUUUGUGGGAGGGAUUGAUAAUAAUGGUAGUAACGAUAGUAAUAAUAAUGAAAAAUUAUCGGAAACAUCGAAUUCUACGAUUAAUAGUCACUCACAUUACCAUCAUCCUCAACAACUACGUAUUGGAUUAUCACAAACUCAUUCCAAUCAAACAUUACUACAUAAUCAUGUAAAUAAUAACUAUUCAUCAGCACCAACAUCACCAGGUGUAUUCAAUUCAGCAGGUGGUGGCUUGUCAACAUCAUCAUCGGAUAAUAUAUCAACAUUCGAAGAAUUUAGUCAAAGUUUAGUGAAACUUGAUCAUAGAGAUUCUAUCAGUAAGUGGUUUAAUAAUGAUAGAAUUAAAGAUAUUAAUAAUAAUGUAGUAACUAGGAAUAAAAAUAACAAUAGCAACGAUAUCAAUUAUUGUGAUGACAAUCAUGAUGAUAAUGAUGGUGCAAUGGAGCACAUGAAUGAAGAUAACCAUGAAUCACUCAUUAAUGUAAUCAACAAUGAUAAUGUUGACACUUCAACAAAUAAUAAUAGUAACAAUAGUAGUAUUAAGAAUGAUAUUAAUACAUCUAAUCUUAUGUAUGACUUUUUGUUUCAUGGAAAUUCAAAUAUUGAUGAUAAUGAACCAAGUGAAACAAUCAAUAAAUCAAAUCACCAUAUAGAAAUUAUUGAUGCCCAUGAGGUUGAACACGAAAAACAGUCCAACACUGCUACCGAUUGUGUUUUGAAUUAUGAAAAUCAUUUGGGUAAAGCUGAAAAAGUUCUAUUCAACGUUGAAGAAUCUUCACUCAAUGGAGAUCAAGUCUGUCAACCUAUAUCAUCAUCAGUAUCAGGAACAAAAUCAAUAACAACGGGAUCACGAUCAUCACCAAUUUCAUCGCAAAUUUUAGCACAACGACUAAUAACAUCUGUGGAGACCAAAUCAUGUAAUGGCAACCUUCAUAAUGGGAUACCGUUAUCAAGGUCGUCAUCAUCAUCAUCAUUAUCAUCACCAGGAAUUGAGCCUAUUAUAACUGAUGAUGUGACUUCAAUUACAUUAAAACAUGGACAGUAUACUUGUCAAUUAACCAGUAACAAUAGUGAACGUAAUACAAUUGAUAAUGAGUCUAUGUUAAAUCUUCAACAUGAAUCAUCUAACUUACAUGAUGUCAAUGAAACCGAUGAUCAAAGUACUAUGUCUAAUAAAUUAAAAUCAAUCGAUAUAGAACAAUUAUUCCCCAGUAAUAAUGAUAAUAAUAACGACGAUAUAACUAAUUUAGAUAACGUUAACAUUAAUGACAAAAUUAUCUGUGAGAAUUUACAACUGAAUAAUAACACUGAUACAACUCUAAUGAAUCAUCGCUCAUUGAAACGUAGUUUAUCCUCAAACGACAAUUAUCAACAUCAUCGUUUGAAAAAUCGUCAUCAUCAAACAGAAAAUCAUGAUAUGGAGAAUGGUGAUGAAUUUUUAACUAUAUCAUCAUCAUCAUUACAUCAUAAACAUAAUAUUAUUAAUAGUAGUAAUGAGAAGAAUACAAUGAACAUGUUAUCAUUAACAUCAUCAGCGAAUGUAUGUGAUGUAGAUAAUGUUGAUCAUGAUGGUGAUGACGAUGACGAUGAUGAUGGUGAUGGUGAAGAUGCAGAUAAUGAAAUUGAUGAUAAAAAUGCUGUUUUUGAUGAUAAUGAUAAUGUUGACAUUAACCAAAAAACUUCUGUUGUAAAUAAAACCAAUGAAAAUAAUAACAAUGGUAAUGUCGGUUGUAAUGUUGAUGAUCAUCUACAAGCAAUGUAUCAUUUAAAAUCAGAGUUCAAUGAUCAAACUCCAUUUUAUUUAGGUGACAAAAGUCAACCAGAAGAAACUAUAGAUCAGAAUUCUUCUUUAUCGUCAACAGCUAUAGAAAAACAACAUUUAGAAACACUGAAUUCUAGUAAACGAAGACGUCGACAUCAGUACACACCACAACAUUUGCCUGUGUUUGAAUUGAACACAAAAGAUACGAUAGAAAAAUGUAAAAAUAAUAAUACUAACAGUAAUACUACUACCACUGCUACCAAUACUAUUAGUAAUAAUAUUAGUAGUAAAAAUACACAUGCUACAGUAAUUACAGGCUGUUUUACAAAUCGUCGUAAUAAAAAUGGUCAUAGUAUUUUAGAAAAUGGUGAUAGCAAAUGUUUGAAGAAAGAAAAACUAAAUGAUAAACCCAAUUCAAUAGAUAAAGAUAAUUUUAAUAAAGAUGAUGGUAAUCUUAGUAAUAAUGAUACUAAUAAUAAGUCAACUAAUAAUCGGGAAUGUUAUUUUCCUUCUUUUUAAAUAACAUUUGUUUAUUUUUAUUGACGUAAAAAAAGAGACUGUACAGUUUGAUUGAUAUAUGAGAGUUUCGGUUCUUGGGCAUGUUUACUAAUUGUUAUCUCAAUUGAAAUUUUAAACAUUCUAAUAUAUAUAUAUAUAUAUAUAUAU